AUGGAUGGUGAGUGUGAUAUUCAUCAUGUGACUGUCUCGACUACUCUACUAUUUGCUAUCAACAGUUCGGGCGCAUCGAAACAAUACCGUUACGUUAGCUUAUCGUGGCCCGGAAUGAUAGGUGUGCUAUCUAGCGUCAAUGAAACCGAGAUCUAUUCAACGGAAAAUGCUGGACCUUCGCAAAUCGGAGCACAAGUCAAACGUUUGACCUCUUUUCCUUAUAUGGCAACUCAUCUGCAUUUGAAAAGUUUACAUCUGAUACAAACGCUUAACAAUCAUCCAAAAUGUUGGCCUACGGACAAAGCUACCAGUGAACUGAAAGGGCCUAUCUGUAGUCCUGUUCAUUGCAUCGUUACGAAAAGUAACACGUAUUGGAGCGUGGAACAUAUUCGAUCAUUACUGCAAUCGGCAUGCAAAGGACAUACGAAACAUACAAUUGAACAUCAGAAUUUGGAAUGUGAACAAAGUUCUACAAACGAAGAUACUCUUAGUGUAUACAAUUUUAUCGGCGCAGCAUUUCUAGCCUGCAAACCAGAAUCGUUAGAACAUCUAUUCGUUGGUAGUGCAAAUGUUUUAAUCAAUGAUGGUAUGGCACGUGCCAGUCCUACGACGAGUUAUCGUUCGGUGGACAUUAACUGCAUUCUCUUUGCACCACCGUGCGUUGUAUCUAUCGACUCUAUGGUAAUGCAGUGA